AUGGUAUCGUUUUCGUGGUUUAUAUCAUUCUCAGUGUACGCUAUACUCAUUUACCCCAAUUCAGAGUAUCGUUACGACUCGUUUGGUAUAAUGAGUUGCGAACCGUUUUACGAGAAGAAACUGAUUAUAAUAGCGGCGACCGCUUUGUUUUUCAUACCACCCGCCGUAACACUGGUCUACUGUUACACAACUAUAUUACGUGUAGCGCACCGACAGAUCCGCACAAUCCAGAGCUCGCCAUCCAAUGCCUACAGCACUAUACAGGGAUACGACAGCAUCCGUAACGUACGC